CUUUUGUGUGGCUGUAGAAAUCCUGAACAUUUAAAACUGUUUAAGCUAGAGAUCGUUUCAAAGUCGUUUGUUGUCGAGCAGAGCAGCCACCGUUGAUGAAACCUGACACCUCUACACCUGUUUAACCUGUCCUGCAGGUGAGCCCGACGGUGACAAUAACAGUUCGUUUUUUUACACCUUCAUGACUUCAAAGGCACAAAACAACAGCUGUGUUAGGCCUAUAAUAUGUCACAAUACUGCGCGCAACACUGCGUGUUUGAAAUUAUUAAUAAUAUGUGCACACUAUUUUUUUUUUGUAAAUACCUAUAAGCAUAAUGAGACAGAAAACAAACAGUUCACAGAGAUGUAAAACUUAAGACUAAAAGCAGUUUUUUUCUCACAGUUUUGACCUCUGGCGUAAACAGCUGAGCUUAUUACACCCGGAAAUGACAUCAGAACGCGUUGGAAAAAAAUAAAAGUGCGAUAAUUGUUAUUGUUAGCUUGUUAGCUUGCAGGCGAGCUGGGGAAAUGGAGCUAUGACUGAGUAAUAACGUCUUAUUACAUGUGCACCGUUAAGUUAUUACACACGCUACGUGAUGGAGGACAGUAACAGGAGUGAUGCUGCUUCUACAUCCAAGAGCCAUACAGGCUCAAUUCACCUGCAGACUCCAAAAAAUGAGGAUGCCUAUGAAAUCUCCAUCCCUUAUGAGGAAAACAGCUUCGAGCAGCAAGGGUUUUUCAACCAGUCUGAUCAGAAUUUUGAUGAGCCACCCUCAAAUGCUGGCCCAUCCCCAGUGAGCAACUCAUACAUGGUGAUCACCAACCUGCGGACCCAGCUCCAGAUCUCUCUGGAGAAAAACUCCUGGUUGCAGAAAAGAAUCGAAGACUUGGAAGAGGAGAGGGACUUCCUUCGAUGCCAGCUGGAUCGAUUCAUUUUUUCCACAAAGAGCCAGGGACAAGAGCCGAGUCAGAGCCAGUACAGUAAUGGGUACGAAUCAAGACGAUUUACCUGGAGGGCAAGAAGAGACGACGAUCGUCCUACAGAACAACAAAAAGCAGACUCGCAGCACUUCCCUUCACGUCAGUUUAUUCAGCGAAGGCCUGGUCUUCCAACUAUGGUGUCUUCCAAAAACCAUGUAUCCAGUCCCCUGAGCACUCAGCUCACAUCUAUGAAUGCUUUGUUCAACUCUACACAAUCCCAGGCCCUUUUGCAAGGCCACAGCCACAGCACGUCGAGCACCACGGCUAGUGGCAGCGGCAGCAAAAGUGUCAGUGUCACAAGAUCACCCUUAAAUGAGAUGACUGGCCACGGUGGUCCAGAUUCCCUGUCUCUUCUGGGAGAAUCAGAUGACUAUUUGGAGCAGGAUGGCUUCAUCGAGGAGGAAGAGAUUAUACCAGGGGAAGACAUAAUGUCAGACACAAUUAACACCAACAGGCACCAGUUAAAGCAGAGGCGACUUUUCCGAGCUCCAAGAGAGCGGCAGCGAGUAAAAGAUGCUGCUGGAGUGCUGUUUCGCUACAAGAAGAUUCUGCUUACAUACCAGCGACUCAAAAACAUGUCAAAAGCCUUUCAAAUCCACGGCGUUGACCGCAACACGGUGGCCUCUACCACACCCAUCGCCGAGCUGCUUUUAGUGGCCCCAGAGAAAGUGGCAGAGGUGGGAGAGUUUGACCCGUCAAAGGAAAAACUGUUGGACUAUGCCCGGCGCUGCUACAUUGCCCUGGAUGAAGAGACACUCAGCAGAGUGCAGGCGUUAAAGAAGAAUAACCUUCUGCUGCCCAUCUCCUACAGGUUCAGACACUAAGUUAGGAAAGGAACUCAUAGUGGAAAGUGUCUCUCAGAAUAAAAAGAAAUAAAAUGUGGGAACAAAACUAGAAGGGAAAAGGCAGCUGGGUUCUGCUGUAGGAGAGCAGAUCAUUCCCAAACUCGUUCUGUGACGGAGACAGUUUUCUUAUGACGCACCUUUCACAUUGCAUUAACACUUUCAACACAGUUCAUGUGUUUGUUUGAUAAAUCUUCAUCAAAAGGAAGAUGUUGGAUGGCAAUUGUUAUUGGAAAUAGAAAACAUAGGUUCUUGUUAGGAGAGCAAUGUCACAUUUAUGUCAUUCUAAACAAAAAUAGAAGUGUGUGGUCAUCAGGGAUUUUACCAGUAAACUAGGUAAAUCUUUAGAGACAUGUCCUUUUUUUAAAUUUUCUAUCCUCAUUAUGUUUUGUCAUUCACACACUAGUUUGGAUUAUUUUAACUUGUGAAAGUCUACCACCAACUCCCACCUUUGUGUAAAUUUUAACAGUUCUUAUACAGUAUGUUCUACUGUACUUAUGUUGUAUACAGUGUUUUAAAGAAAACAUUCCCAUUUUAAUAUGUCAAAAUUACUUAAUCUUUCUCUUUUUAAUAUGCAAUUUUUAUAUUUGCCUGGGAAGAAUUUUUGUAAAUUACUUGCAUAGGAGAAACAAUCAAUUUCCCUUUAACUUUUAAUUUUUCCUGCUUUGAGGAAAAGGAAAACUUGGAAAAGAAGGAACAAAAAACAUUUACUGGUUAUGGUUAGGACAAGACUGGUGUUUUGCGGUGCAGAUGCAACAUGCAUCUGGCAGCCAAUCAUUUAAUUCAACCAGUUUAAAAUUAAUUUAGCCUAAAAAAUGUCUGUAAGAUUUAUGCUUUCUUUUAUUUCACUAAAGGCUGCCAAACUACUUUUGUAUAUGACUCCCUCUAAACUGAAUGAGACGUCACCUCUGAUACUGAAAAUCUUGUAAAUGUAUUGUUUAAAAAACACUUUUUGUUAAAUAUGAUCGAGCGUUGACCUGGCUUUUUGUUACAUUAUGGACAUUUUGGUUGGUUGUGAAAACUUGUGAACAUAUCACAUUUUUUUAAUAUUUAGAAAAUCAACAAAAGGUGACAGUUUUUUUUUUUUUGACAAAGGGGUGUGUUUUAUGUUAUAUCGCUCCCCUACAUGUGCAUGUGGAAAGAGCUCAUGAUCUGAGUCUUGCCUAUAUCUGUGGUUUUCAAAAAAAUAGACAAUAUUAAAACAACAUUUGUGGUGCAACACUGAAAUAAUGUUUCCUGUCCUAAAUUGUAAAGUGGAAAUUGCUAUAAUAUUGAAGCUCAAGCAACCUUUUAGUGUCUGAUUAUACAGCUGAAAAGCAACAAUUCUGGUACAAAAUAUCUGAAAAUUUCUUCCUGUUUUCAGUGUUUGAAAUACAUCCAUCUGAAACAUUAUACUCACCCAAUGAAUUGCAUAUGUCGAAUGUCAUUAAUAAAGCAUCGGAAUUCAUACAAAAUGUAAGUCCAUAAAAUUGAACCAUCCUCUUCCGUUGAAAUGCAUAUAAUUCAUUAGGAGUACUGUUAAAAGAAGUGCAAUAAAACAAGUGUUUUCCUAAUA